GAUAACUUGAUGCUGACCCAAGCGCGCCGGGGGGGCUGGUGACAUGUGUGUGCUCGACGCGGACGAACUACUCGUCCCUCUAUGGUCGUGCUGGGCUUCUCAGCGCCUGCGCGUGUUGCCGGCAUCGUCGUUGUUAUGGGUCGGUGCCACUGGAGGGUGGUUCCAGCAAUUAUGGAAGCCGUCCCUUUAAUUGCGGUCCUCUGGAUGAAUGCGAAAUAAACAAGCCAGCGUCGAGUAUUCUGCCGGCGGACGCGGCAUAGGCGAAGUCGCGCUGGCGACUGCGGCUCGGCCCUCUGUAUAAGGGCCAGGCAAGCGAGAACGGCGCCGGCCAGCCUCUGGGGCAUCUCCACCAUCUCCGAGCCGCACACCACCUGCUUUGGCCGUCGAAUUCAACAUCGAUACCGUCAACAUGAAGGGCUCUCUUCUCGCUCUCUGCCUGGCGCUCGCCGCCCCUUCCCAGGCGUACCUUCGCUUCGGAUGUGCCACCCUCAGCGUCCAGCGCCUCGAUCCGCUCGUCGAGCCGGGCGCCAUCCCCUCGGCGCAUCUCCACCAGAUCGUCGGCGGCAACGGCUUCAACGCGACGAUGGACCCCAGAGAGGACGUCUCCCAGCGGGCCACCUGCACGACCUGCAGCUUCUCGGAGGACUUCUCCAACUACUGGACCGCUGUCCUCUACUUUAAGGCCCGCAACGGGACGUACAAGCGCGUGCCCCAGUACCCCAACGCCCUGCUGGGCGACCUCAAGGGCGGCAUGACCAUCUACUACCUCCAGGACUCGUUCAACUCGAACGGGAACCAGAAGAUCACGGCCUUCAAGCCCGGCUUCCGGAUGACGGUUGGCACCCCCGGGAGCAAGGACGGCAGCAACCUGGGCCUUCGUUACACAUGUCUGCAGGACGUCAUGACGCGGUUCCCCGAGACCGCUGAGUUCCCGAAGCAGCCGUGCCCGGCGGGCAUCAUGGCGAUCCACCACUUCCCGGCCUGCUGGGAUGGCAAGAAUCUCGACAGCCCGAACCACCAGGACCACAUGUACAACACGAACCGGGGCGGGUUCGUGCCGGCGGGGCCGUGCCCGACGUCGCACCCGGUGCGCGUGCCGCAGGUGGCGUACGAGACGAUGUGGGACACGCGGCCGUUCAACGACCGGUCGCUCUGGCCGGCCGACGGGUCGCAGCCCUUCGUCUGGAGCUACGAGGACAGCGUCGGCUACGGCACCCACGGCGACUACCUCUUCGGCUGGAAGGGCGACGCGCUCCAGCGCGCCAUGGACUCCAAGCCCCUCCUCAGCAACGGCAUCGCCACCCAGAGCGUCGCCCAGGCCAACCAGUGCACCAUCAAGAGCACCGUCAACGAGGACAUCGACAGCUGGCUCACGAGCCUCCCUGGUCGGCGCAUGGACAUGUAGGAAACUAAGUUCGGGCAUCCCGAGAGAUAGGGGGACUUUUGUCGAGGUUUAGGGAGAGGGCGGAAACAGCGGGAGAGAUGAUGGCUCGGAAUUCUGCUAGUCUUGAGAUAUUAGAUUGGCGUCCACUCAUUCCUAGAGUCGGGAUACCUAUUAUUAGUUAUAAUUUACCCAACUUUCGGCUCCAUCCCGGGGACGCCAG